GCAAAAUAUAAACAUUUAGAUUUUAUUGUACGAAAUGUGAAGUCAUAAAUAAUAAAUAUAUUAAAGAAAUGAAACACUUUUAUCGCAUAGAGUUUACAUUACACAUUUAAUUUAUAAAUUAAUAGACAUUGCCAUAAUAUAUCAUUAUCAAAUCAUAUUUAUUAUUGUCCAGCAUUCCUACCGUCAUGACAGAAGUUCAUGAGAUAUUUCGCGGAUUUCAAAUUAAUUGGAUGAAUUUGAAAGAUGUUGAUAGUGGAAAAGUUUUAUGGGAAGGCCAUGAAGAUCUCUCAGAACCUGAUGUUGAACACGAAGCCAAAGUACCUAAGAAAAUUUUGAAAUCAAGAGCCAUCUCCCGAGAAAUAAAUUUUUCUUCUCUACAUUCUAUUGAAAACUUUCGAAUUGAACAAAAAGUUUUGUUCAAAGGACAUUGCUUAGAAGAAUGGUUUUUUGAGUUUGGAUUUGUCAUACCAAACUCUACGAACACUUGGCAGUCCAUGAUAGAAGCAGCUCCUGAAUCCCAAAUGAUGCCGGCAAGUGUACUGAAUGGCAAUGUUGUGAUAGAAACUAAAUUUUAUGAUGCCAAUAGAUUAAUUACUACUUCUAAGGUUCGACUGUAUUAUAUAAGUUGAUAGGAUUAACUUUAAUUUAUAUUAACAAUUGUGUUCAAAAUCAAU